ACUGGCCGGCUAGCUGGCAGUACUGGAGGGCUGUGUAUCCAGGAUAUGUGUCCGGGCAGCGGCUGUCACUUGGUUCCCUCCAUGUACUCGCCGUCCCGCAGUGCCCUCCGCGGGUGUCCCCGGCUGUAGACCGCUGUCCCCCAGGAGUCUUCAUGAGGUUAUAAGGGAGACGCGGACAUGGACGAGAAGUACAGCAGCAAUGUGAUGAGCACCGGCAGGCUGGGGCCUGUGGAUGCCCCUGAGUCCAGACUGACCAGAUACAUUGUUCUUCUCUGCUUCACGAAGUUCCUGAAGGCUCUUGGCAUCUUUGAGUCCUAUGAUCUACUAAAAGUAGUCCAUAUUGUACAGUUUAUCUUUAUAUUAAAAUUGGGGUGUGCAAUUUUUAUGGUUUUGUUUCAAAAACCAUUUUCUUCUGGGAAGACGGUUACAAGGCGCCAAUGGAUCAGCAUUGUGAAACAUGCUGUCGUUGGCUGUAUUAUCUCACUCCUGUGGUUUUUUGGCCUUACACUUUGCGGGCCUUUAAGGACCUUGCUGCUGUUUGAGCAUAGCGAUAUUGUAGUCAUAACAUUGCUUACCGUGCUGUUCACUGGUUCCAGCGGAGUACCGUCCAAGACUCGGGGUGCAGCGUUUUUCAUAGUUGCGGUGAUAUGUUUACUACUUUUCGACAACGAUGACCUAAUGGCCAAAAUUGCUGAACACCCUGAAGGACAUCAUGACAGCGCGCUCACACACUUCCUGUACACAGCAUUCUCCCUCUUAGGGGUUGCUGACCACAAGGGAGGAGUACUGUUGCUUGUCUUGGCUUUAUGUUUCAAUGUUGGUUUCCAUACAGCUUCCAGAAAGCUCUCCUUAGAUAUUGGCGGAGCCAAGCGUCUGCAAGCAUUGUCUCACCUUGUCUCUGUCAUAUUACUGUGCCCAUGGGUCAUCGUACUCGCUGCAACUACCGAGAGUAAAGUGGAGUCUUGGUGGUCUCUCUUCAUGCCUUUCAUUACCGUUAUUUUCUCUGUCAUGAUUCUGGAUUUCUAUGUGGAGUCCGUUUGCACGGUUAAGAUGGAAGUAUCAAAGUGUGCCCGCUACGGGUUCUUUGUCAUUGUUCUGGGCGCAUUGCUACUUGGGAAUUUCUGGACUCAUCCUAUAACAGACCAACUCCGGGCUAUGAAUAAACCAGCCCACCAGCCCAGUACUGAACACGUGUUGUCUGGAGGGGUGGUGGUGAGCUCCGUUUUCUUCUUGUUAUCUGCAAACAUCCUGGCAUCAGUCUCCAGGAAAGGACAGAAAGGCACGCUUGUGGGGUACUCACCUGAAGGGACCCCUCUGUAUAACUUCAUGGGGGACGCCCUGCACAGCACGUCCCCGUCUAUGCCAAGAUUUCUUAAAGAUUCACUGAAGCAGGUCCUUGAGGAGUAUGACUCCAGGCAGAUCUUCUAUUUCCUGUGUCUUAAUCUAGCCUUCACAUUUGUGGAGAUUUUCUAUGGUGUGUGGACAAAUAGUCUAGGAUUGCUGUCUGAUGGUUUUCACAUGUUGUUUGACUGCUCUGCUCUUGUCAUGGGGCUUAUUGCUGCACUCAUGACCCGAUGGAAACCAACACGGAUAUUCUCCUAUGGGUACGGCCGUGUGGAAAUCCUGUCAGGGUUUAUUAAUGGACUCUUCCUGGUGGUGAUCUCAUUCUUUGUGUUUAUUGAGGCUGUGGGCAGAAUCUUUGAUCCACCUGAUAUCAAUACAGAUAUGUUAACACCGGUGUCAGUCGGAGGCCUGCUGGUCAAUCUCGUUGGUAUCUGUGCCUUUAGUCAUGCCCACUCCCAUGGUGGUUCCAAAGGAGGAGGGUGUUCGUCUCAUGAUCAUGGCCACUCUCAUCAUGGACACGGCCACAGUCAUGGUCAUUCACACAGUGAUCAUGGGCAUACUCACAACCAUGGCCAUUCUCAUGGUGGAGGAGGAAUGAAUGCAAACAUGCGUGGUGUGUUCUUACACGUGCUGGCGGACACUCUUGGCAGCGUGGGCGUCAUAUUAUCUACCAUAUUGAUUCGACAAUUUGGCUGGCUGAUAGCGGAUCCUCUGUGCUCCUUGUUCAUUUCUGUCUUGAUAUUUGGAAGUGUUCUCCCUCUUCUGAAGGAUGCGUGUCAAGUAAUCCUCCUGAGAAUUCCUCCUGAAAUUGAGAAGGGGAUAAACCUUGGUCUUGAGAAGAUCUCAAACAUUGAUGGUCUGAUCUCUUAUCGGGAUCCACAUUUUUGGCGGCACUCGGCCUCAAUCAUUGCAGGAACUAUACACGUGCAAGUGAUGUCAGAUGUUGUGGAACAACGGAUCAUUCAACAGGUAACAUCAGUUCUGAAAGAUGUUGGAGUGAAUAACCUCACAAUCCAGGUGGAGAAGGAGGCCUAUUUCCAGCACAUGUCUGGCCUUGGCACAGGCUUUCAGGACGUUUUGGUCAUGACCCAGCAGAUGGACACCAUCAAGUAUUAUAAGGAUGGGAGCUACAUCAUGUGACAGUCUUCACACUCAGUAUUCUUCCUGUGUAUGACAAGGGAAACCAGAGACUUGACCCUAAGUGUACAGAAAUCAUAUGUUGUAUAGACCCGGAUUUUAUACAUCAUUCCUUUCUUGUCUUUACGUAGAGUAGAUCAGGAUGUUUUUAUACAAUGUUAUAAAGCUGAAUUUUCCAUUUAGUUCUUUAUCUCGGACAAAAGGGGGCGUUAACCUGGAGAAGAUUUGCUGGAUUUUGUGCGUAUUGUACUAUAUAUAUAUAAAGAUUGCGAGUGGUCACUAUGAUAAAGCAGACCACCAUCUACAAUUCCCUUUUUUUUUUUUCUUUUUCUUUUAUUAAUUCCCCGCCCCUCAGACAAUGGAUUUGCCUCUAUAUUGCACACAACUACAGAUAUUUUUAAUAUAAUGGAGUGGGACAUUUAAUGUCUUAAACAUAUGGGAUAUAAUAUAUUUUUUAUUUCUAUUGAGUUUCCUCCCCCCCCCUUUCCUUUUCUUUGCAUUGUGCCUUUCAGUGCUAUAUUGUGACCUGCCUAGAAGGUUUUGAGCUCUGGGCCGUCUGUUCCAGGUCUCCAUUUGUCCACAUGAAUGAAGUUAAGAUCACGUCAACCUGCUUACUAAAUAUGUAACAAGAUCCCGUCUGUCUUUUGUGACUAGGCAGACAAUACCGCAACGUAACCAUGUAUGAAACUAAAUGUUUUCGGAGGUUGAAUGGACCAGUGGACCAAUGUCUUCGUUUUAAAGUUCUCCUUUUCUAUAAGGAUGUGGGACUUUAAGAGAUGAAUAUUUAUAAUUAGGCUUUAUUUUUCUAUAAUUGUUCAAUAAAACAUCCAGGCACAA